AUGCCUCACUAUACUGUCACGCGUCAAGAAAAACUACGUGAAAUUGAAACACCACCUGAACUAUUAAAUGGUUUACUUAUCGGCACGGAUCCAAAUUAUAACGUAUUCCUUAAGUCAAUUCGAACAUUCAAUUCCGCUUUCAAAUGGGUUGAAUGUACUAUGGCACAAAAACAUUCAAUUGAGGCGUUAAACAGGACAUUGAAAGAUAUUAAAAACAACGACAAACUAUUUGGCGGCACUCUGUUGGUGCUUUCAGGUGAUUUCAGACAAACACUUUCCGUCAUUCCACGUUCAACAUACGCUGAUGAGAUCAACGCUUGCUUAAAAUCAUCUCCAUUGUGGCAUACUGUUGAAAAAGUACAGCUGAAAGUAAAUAUGCACGUUCAAAUGCUUCAAGAUCAUACACUAGAAUUUAUCUAG